AUAUAUGUAGUGCGUUUACAGGAGGGUCACUGUCGACAAGCCGCGGAGCUACUCGUGUGUCAGCGUUCAUUCUGAAGAAGUAGGACUGAAAGUGACUGGAUCAGAACCCUUUUGUCUCCCUCCGCAGCCCGACAUGGACUUUUCACUGGACACCUGUGGACGGCGACGAUGUCUGCUGUUAUUAUAUCUCUUUGUCUUGGAGGCAGCAGCCAACUGUCCUAACCCCGAGGGAAGGGAAAACAUUGUCUUAACGACUGAAGCACUUCUGGUGAAUACAUUUCCAGAAGGCAUUGGUGUCACUUUAGAGUGUGCUAAUGGAUACGUUAUAGAAAGUGGCUCUGGGGUUAUAAGCUGCACUGAUGGGAAAUGGACAGAACCAGAUCUCAUCUGCAAAAAGAAGGACUGUGGUCCCCCUCAACCUCAACCGCAUAUGAGUUUUGAUACCAGUGAUGGCACCCUGUUUGGUGCUGUAAUAAAAGUCAUUUGUGAUAAAGGAUAUGAAAUUAGUGGAUUGAGCCACAAACACUGCUUUUCUAAAGGGUGGAAUGGAAAAUCCACGUGUGAAAUCGUAACGUGUGAGGAACCUGCUGAAGUGACCAACGGCCGGAGCCUCUGGGAUGGUCAAGGUGAACCGGAAUAUGGACAGGUCAUAACUUUUGUCUGUGAUGAAGGAUACAACCUCGUUGGUCAUGACAGCAUCAUGUGCAAUGAAAAUGGUGAAUACAAUUUUGAGCCUCCUAAAUGCCAAGGUGUGACAACAGAAGAUAGAAUUACAACAACAAUAGUAACAACUACUGCACCUCCAACACAAGCAGCGUCCACUUCUACGGCUUCAUCUGCCACAUCCACAGCUCAACAAGAUAAAAAUGUAACAACCAGUGCAACACCAACUGUCUCACCUUCAGCACGAGGUGGCAGAGACAUUUUCACAGCUGAGGAUAAAGCUACCACAGCCAAUGUAACACCAACAACAUCUUUUCAAGACAAACAUGAUGGGACUGUAAUCACUAACUCAGAUACUGGAUAUGUGAAUGUUAUAGCCUCUGUGAUAGGCAUUUCAUUAGUUUCAUGUAUAGUUGUCUACUUUUUACACAAGUUUCUUCUGAGGAAAAAAGGCUCAUAUGACACCAGAGAAGACCUGAAGCCGGAGUUAUUACAGUUCCAAAAUCUUUAGAUUGCCUUCCUCACUCAGCUCUGCAAAUGGAACCGUGCCUAUCUCUUAAAGAGCAUCUGUUACCCAGGAGGACGUGCCAGCAAACUGUUACACUGCCUCCAUGAAUCGAUGGGGGUGAAAGAAAGAGAACUCACUUUUGAUAUUAUUGCACUUGAAAUGGCAGAUAAUCAGAUCUGCUGAGUAGUAUCAUGAUUUAAACAGAAGUAUAGCAUUCCAGUGAUCAAAAGCACAUUUUAUAGUGAUGCUUUUUUUAUUUUUUUAUUUCCACAUUUUUUUAACACAAAAUUGUAAAUAUUUUAUUUCACUACUAUUUUGUACAUUAUUUAUAUAAAAACUGGAGAAAACACUUCAGUAUUUCGUCCAUGUUUUAUGAAGUAUUGCAAAGUUAUUUAAAACAAAACAUUUUAGUUUGGAGUUUUUGUGAAAUUUUAAGUUUCUGUGUUAUUAAUGUGCUGUUUUGUUUGCACAGAACCAUGAAAAAGGUGAUUCAAGAGACACACAAUGUGGUUAAUUCAACUGAUAAAGAUACAAUCAGCUGCAUUCUUCGCCUCCCGACUUUCCUUCCUUCAUUGUCAAUUGUUCUGGAGUCCUUUUAGUAAGCUCUGCAAAAUAAUGGGAGACCUUGUUUCAUGAGAAAAUAAUUGAAUAGAGUACCUACCAUCAAUGAACCAUGUAACUGCACUAGCUACUGUACAGUAUUGUGAGGGGAAAAGUGAUGAAAAUGUUUGUGACCUUGACUGGGUAACUGUGCCAGUGGAGCAAAAACUUGUAAAAGUUUGUUAACCAUUCAUUUGAGUGGAGAAGGCUUUUUUAGAUUUUACAAAGAAAACCAAAAGAUCAAAAUCUUACUGUUGUCCACUGCACAGCAUGUUAUGUAAAGGGGUCGAGAGCCUCUACUCAAAAAAUGACACGUGUUAAAACAUUGUCUACAUCUUACAAAGUAGCAGCUUCUUUUUUCUUAGAGGACAAACUAAAUGAACACAUUCACAGUCAUGGCAGCGGUGAAGGACCCAGCCAUUAUCCUGGCAGGGGUUUGCACAGUACAGAGAAAAGCCCUGUAAUAAAAUGUGGUAACAGUGUUUCAUUGUACCAUGGUCUGCUGUCGUGCCAGAGGCUCGAACUGUGGCCUUUUAGGGAUCAAAAGAGAUGGUUUCUUGACUCUGCUUCAAUAGAACUUCCAGGUUUCAUUAAAUCAUCUUUGGUCAUUUUGAAAAAACUUGAGCUUUAUCUGGACAAUAAUUUGUAAAAUCAUCUGGAAGAGAUGAACAAGGUCAUAAACCGGAUAUGUAUUCAUGAUUAUAAUGAUUCAUCUAAGGUAUAAGGACAGACAGUUUAUUAUCAGAGAGGAGGGGUUUGCUGUGUUUCUCAGAGAAUCCUCCAGUCAACUAAUGUGUCAACUAACAUCUUAGUUUUAGCAUGCUACCUUGCUAACAUUUGCUAAUCAGCACUAAACACAAAGUACAGCUGAGGCUUUCGAGAAUACUAUUAGUUUUGCAGAUAUUUGGUCAUAAAUUUAAAAAAAUUACCCUUGUUGUGGCAUUAAAGAAAAAUUCAGUCGAUCACCAAAGUCAGUAGGAUUCAUCCUCUAGCGACUGCUUGUUCAAAAUUUGAUCAUAAUCCAUCAAAUAGUUCUUCAGAUAAUCCAGUCUACACCAAAGUGAUGAACUGCCAAAGCUAACUGUGGAAUAUCAUCAGCUUUAUAGCUUACACAAAACAUCACAACAAAACCAAGAAAUCAAGAAUACAUGCUGCGACUGUUGAGGGAUCAUAUGAAAGUCACAUUGCAGGGAAAUCUUUAUAAGUGCUGAGUAAACCUACAGUCAACACAGUGGCUUUCCCUUCCAUUCACACUCAGUCUCUGGCUCAGAGAUCCAGCUUUGUAACCAUAGCAAUGUUGUACACGUAAAUAACAAUGUACGUAUUGGCAAUGUCAAUCAAUGCACUGUUUUUAAGGUGAAUAAGCAUUUUUGUCAUUUCUCAAGCUUCAACAAUCCUUUGUCAGAUGUCUCAACACAACACGUUAAAACCUUAGUGACAGUAGGAAACAUGCUGGGUGUCCUCCCUGUUUCAGAGAGUUUUCCAUUCUCUAAAGUGAAAGUCACUGAUUCCUCCUCCAUCAAAUCCUGUUUUUCCACUGCAUUAGUACAGUACCACACCCAUCCUGGCUCACACUGUAUCAUCACUGUUGGAAAGCCUUAAAGACCAUGUAUCUCCUCUGAAAGACUCUAAAAGACAGACUUGUUUUUACACUGAACGCCCUUCAGGCAUUUCCAAUAGUACCCCUUUGUCUUUGAAAUAGGAUUCGUAAGCCCAAGAAUUUUCACACGAUAACAUCAAUAUGUAUAAAUGUAUGUAUGUAUUCCAUUGGACUUCUUUGAGCCCUAAUUCUGUUUGUGAAGGACACUCUGUUCAUUCUCUUUGUGGGGAGUCAAUUUGUACUUUAAUAACACAAAUUCAAAGAUGAUGACAACAUUAAUGUUAAAGGUAAACAAGACUUAUAUAACGCUUAAUGCUUUAAUGUUUUACUGUAAGUGAUGUACAAUAUAGAAUAUAGAAUAAAAACACAAUAAUGUAAUUGUAUCAGCAAAUCAGGACAGAAGCUAUUUUUAUGCACACAUAAAAUAUCUAUUUAUAAAAUAACAUUUAUUCUGUGGCCCUUCAUAUAAAGUGUGUAUAGGUCAUGUACUAGUUGUUGUACAUGUUAUAAUACACAUCUUUGAGCUUUAAAGAAUUGUAAACUCACCUAUGAAGCAUUUGUAUGUGUAAUAAACAAAUAUUUAUGGG